GUAGCCAGCCAAGCAGCGAGAACAGCCGGGGAUGCCGUGUAAACAAAAAACCCAACUUAAGAAAACAAUCCCAACGAGGCAUACAAGGUAAUCUCGGAGCCUGCCUACCCAUAUUUCCACAACACGAGGACUCAUUUUCAAGGCGAUCCCCCAAGAGAGAAACCAUCUAACACACACACACACACACUCAGAAUAGACCAUCCCGAAUCUUCACCAAAAGCCAAAUCCCCCUUCCCCUCCCUCCGCCUACAACCCCUCCUCCCAUUAAAGGAAAAAUCGAUACAGCACCGCAACUCACCAUGGCGCCCCCUUCCCAGCUCACCGUUGCGACGCUCGCCGUCACCCGGCUCCUCAAGGAGGAGAUCUCCUAUGAGAAGGAGCUCAUCCAGCAAAAGGCCAAGGUCGCCACGCUCGAGGCCGAGAUCCGGGAGGGCAAGCCCGACGAGGACGGGAACCGGGAGUACAUGCUCAGACAGCUGAAACUCGCCGUGGAGGAGACGCAAAAGAUGUUCCCCGCCCUGAGGACCCGCGUCGAGGACUCGACCGCCAAGCUGGAGGAGCAGAUCGCCCUCGCCGAGAGUGGCGGCGCGUCACCCACCGAGGUCGAGACGGCCAAGCUGGCGCUCGCCAAGGGCAAGGAGGAGAAGACGUACGUGACCGACACCACCUCGGCUUGAUGAACCCCCCCCGGGGGCUGGGGCCUUUUUGCGUCGCGUCGUGUUUCCAACCAAGAGAAACGGAAACCAGGUCUAGGGAUUGCGUUGUGUUCAGUGGCAGGCGAGCGUCAUGAGCAAGUUUUUGACGGCCUGCUUUUUUUCUCUCUUCUUUCGUAUUCUUUUUUAAAAUGGGUAUCUCAGUUGAGCUAUGUAUGAAUGAGCCUCUCCGAACCACUGCGCUUC